AAGAUUCAACCAAAAUGCAAAAAUUGUAUUGGAAUGGUAAUACAUUUGUUCAUUUCAAACCGGAAGAAUCUCCAUACACGGAAGUAGUAUGGCUGACAAGCUGGAAGAACUGUUUGUUGACGAUAAUGACAUUUAAGGUGAAAACACAAUCGAAAUGGCAUAAAUUUAUGCCAGUUUGUGUUUAGAGAUGGAAAUAUUAUACCAACAAAUAGUUGUUGUGAAAUCAUCUACUCAAUCACGUCACAGGACAAACCUUAACCCAAGAAGUGGAUGCCAAAAAUGUCAUUGACAUUGUAUACGCUGAAUGAACACGGAUAUGAAAUGGCCAGAAUGGGAAUGUCUAAGUUAUUUGGACUUUGCUGGUUGUCUGUUUUCAUCUUCCGAUUACAUGUAUGCCAUGCUGAAGAUUGCUUUCAUGAUGAAUACAAAGAAGAAACGGAGAGUUUUAACUCUCAAGAUUUUCCGAUCGGCUAUCCACCCAAUUCUUGCGCACAAUGGUACAUAACUGCUCAAAAAGGGGAGAUAAUUACUUUGAAUAUUUAUUUAGACAUAGAGGUUGGAGAUGAUGGGUCCUGUAAUCGGGACUUCUUGACUAUUGGACCAGACCCAAUACAGAAAUUCUGUGGAAGAAAUAAACAACAUGCCUACAUUUCAAACACACUUCAUGUAUGGGUAACGUUUCACAGUGAUGGUAUGAUUUCUGGACAAGGAUUUCAAAUUCGUUACAUUAGGGGUCCUCCAAAAGCAUACUCCUGUAAGCCAGAUCAGUUCCAUUGUAAGAAUGGAAAAUGCAUCUUAGAUAGCUGGGUGUGUAACGGUCUGAACGAAUGUGGGGAUAAUAGUGACGAGUAUGUGGGACUCUGUCAAGCAGCCACUACAAUUCCAACACCACCACCCACUACAAAUUGUGGAAAAGAUUUUUUUCCAUGUUAUUCAAACCUGAGUGAAGCCAUUAUUUGUCUACCAAAUGCCGAGAAGUGUGAUGGCAAGGCAGACUGUUAUGAAGGACAAGAUGAAAAGAAUUGUAUUAUAAAGUGUAAUGCACACAUUCACAAUCAGAGUGGACACAUCACAUCACCUUGGUACCCUCGAGAUUAUCCUCCUCACAUGGACUGUAAAUGGACUAUUCACAUGCAAAACCCAACCGAUCGGAUUCAGCUAAGAUUUGAUGACUUUGCUUUGCAAGUCAAUGACAACACAGAUUAUCUCGAAGUGUAUGAUGGGAAGGAUGAAGAGAAUGAUAAAGUUUUAGGCAAAUUUUAUGGACAUACAUUUCCCCCUUCCAAGUUAGAGUCUUCCUCUAAUUGGAUGACAAUUGUGUUCCAUUCAGAUGAUAGCUUUUCUGAGAAGGGUUUUAAUAUUUCUUAUCAAAGAAAAGGGUUCUGUCUACCAAACCAAAUUGCAUGUGGGAAUGGUGAAAAGGACUGUUAUGCAGCAUCGGGUAAAUGUAAUGGAGUUUGGGAUUGUCAGGAAAAGGGAGGGGAUGAACUUCAUUGUGGGAGCUGCAAUGUUCUCUAUACCUGUGGUUAUAUGAGCUCCCAGUGCUAUCCCAAGAGUCAUCGGUGUAAUGGAGUAGGAUUUUGUACUAACAAAAUGGAUGAAAGAUUUUGCACUCCCAAAGAGUGUGGAACACAUAAUGGUACAUUCUUGUGUCAAAACAUGAAUUGUAUUUAUGAAGCCUGGGUAUGUGAUAAAACGGAUGACUGUGGAGAUUGGAGUGAUGAAAUCAACUGUAACAGAACAACAAAUUUGAUCAUCAUUGCAGCAGUAUCUGGGUCUCUCAUAUGUGGGUUGCUGCUGGUGGUUGCUUUAGGGUGCACCUGUAAGCUCUACAACCUGAGGCAGCAGCAACUGCACGGUCCACGUCAUGAGACCCCUUUGUCUCGUGUCUAUGCAGAAUUCAUGCGGAGAAGGGCUCCUCCACCGUACCAUGAAGCCAUGUUGACCUCGCGACCUUAUGAGGAGGCUAGAAGAGAGUAUAUGGAUAGACUUAACCAAUCAGAGGAUGGGUCAAGGUCAUCUGACCGAAGGUCAAGAAGACAGAGGCGGAGAAAUGAACGCAACCGCAAUCUGCAUAAUCAAAACACAGAAGCAAGUACUGAUACUACACAAAACGUUAAUAGAGAGAACACAAAUACACCUGACACUGUAAAUACUAUAGCUGAAGACCAUACAGUGAACAGUACUCAUUCUAAUAUAGAAAGGCAUUCCUCCAGAACAGCUCUUAUUCCUAGUGACACUGACUCAGACUCAGAGAGUGAACUGGGCACACCUAAUGCUGACUUAGUCAGAGUUCAUUUUUCAGAAGAGACUGGGAUAACAGCAGAAUUCCAUAGACGGAACUCUCCAGGGAAGGAGGUAGCAGAGGGUCAAAGUUCAUCGGGUAUUCCAAUAAGCAGUCCCACUACUGGCCCUGAUGUCAGUAGUCUAGAUAAUACUACCAUAGCUUCCUGUGAUAGUGUCGAUCCUUCUCAAGAGGAAGAUAAAAACAAACCAAGGGACAUAAGCAGUGCUUUGACUCUUGCAGAAAACCCAUCAUCCCAUUCCAGCUGUGCUUUAUUAAUUCCAGGAAAUGGUAGAAAUCUGGACAGUGUAGAUAGGGGCAGGCAUGAUUCAGCAGGUUCAUUGGAUUCAGCUGAAUCUGACAACCCUUGGGGGGAUUAUACCAGUUCUGAAGUUGUUUGAUACAUAUCAGAUCACUUCAACCACAACAGAUGAUCUUAAUAAAAAUGAUAGAAGUUUAUUAUAAGACAUAAUUUGCACUUAGUUCUUUGGUUGUUUAUUUUUUUCUUUUUGAUAGAUAGGUGCUUUUUAAUGAGUCUCAUUCUUGUUAAAGCUAUAUAUUUUAUAUUUUUGUAAUGCUUACAAUAUACAUAUGUCUUGUUUUGUUGACCAGUGUUAGUAAGAUUUUGGUGUGAGAGGAACUUCUGUAACUCUGAUGUAACUCGGUGUGAAUCUGACAAAUCUAGUAAAUGGCUAUAUAUCUGCUCAUUACCAAGUACUGCUAAAUUCUAUUACACAUGUCCAUAUACACACAUGCUUGUACCAUAGCCUUUUGAUGAUAUAGCCAGAAAGUUUGUAGAAUAUUUGAAUUCAUCUUAUAUCGUCUUCAUACAUGUAGGUCGCGUUAUGGUAUGGCACAGUGCAUCUGUUCAUCAGCACUAUAUGGGUUUAGAGCACUUUCAAGGCGAAGGUCAUCAUUCUUGGUACACAUGCACCCAAUGAUUAGAGAAAUAUGCAUAUUGUUAUCAAGGCCAAAUGUCAAGGUCAAACUGGUACUUUCAUAGGCAAAAAAGAAACAGUACUAGUAACUUUAAGGCUAGGAUAAUCAUACACUUUGAAGUGUCAUAGGUGGGUUGUAUCAUUGAAUGGUGUAGUGUUCUUGUGUGUUGGUUCAUACAUCAGCACAUUGUAAGAAGGAUUAAAACAAAAGAACAAGCAAGGCUAGGAUAAUCAAACCUGGUACACAUUUUCUCCAUAGUGAGAGGAAAAUGCAAUUUAUUUCUCUAGGUCAAAGAUCAAGGUCAUACUUUCAGGGGGGAGGAGGGGUUAAUCAUAAAAGAAAAACAGUACUACAUGUAAUAAGGCGAGGGUCAUCAAACUUGGUGUACAUAUUACCCAUGGUGUUAUUGCCAACUAUAGCCACAUUAUUAAUUUCAGAAUAUAAGAGGAAAUGUCUAAAGAACACUGGCAGAGCGCUUGGUUUAUUUGAAUGCUAAUUUUCUUUUUUUGAUGACUACUGCAUUGCUGAAUAUAUUGCACAGGUGUAUUUUGCAGUGUCAGUACUGCUCUUGUGUUUUUUUCUUUCCUGAAGCAGUUUGUCUGAACUUAAAAGUUGAAUAGGAUUGACAACUGAAGAAAUCCAUAUUGUGACUGUAUAUGGACUGUGUAUGAUAAAUGGAGCAUGACAUGUAUACUGACACAUUACAUGUACAUAUAUAAAUUCACAUGGUUACUUCAUGUAUGUGUGAAUUAAGGGUUGGCAUUUUAUAUAAUUUUGUCAUUUGUUAUUACAGUGUUCUUUUGGGCAUGGGCUAAGCCUGUGGGUCCAAACUCUGUGAUACCAUAAAUGGUAUCACAGAGUUCAGGCCUAAACGGGCUUAGCCCCUGUGGUUUUUAGGUAAAGUUGCAGGAGUCAGGCAUUUAUAUGAGGUAGUAGAAUGUGGUAUACAUAUCAGUUUUAUGUUACUUUCGUGCCUCAAAGACGGCAAAUCGGAACAGAAUGUGAAUUUUAAAUCGAUGUGAAGAUCUUACUCGUGUACCCUGGAACAGAGGUACCUAUGGUUGAUGAAAGUUCUAUCAGAUGUACUUUUAAUAUCUUUUUACCUUAUUGUAUAGUUUGAAAAAUUUUCUUCAAAUUUUAAGAGCAUUUUAUUUUUUUUAUAAAGUUUAUUUUCGAAAUACAGUUGAACUUCAGUAUGUCGAACACGAUAUAUCGAAUACCAAAUACCAAAGAAUCUCAAAGUGAUUCGGAAGUCCCAACCACUUUUUCUAGUAAGUAUUUUACCCUUGAAUCCUUGGAUAUCUGAAGUUUUUUCUCGGUCUUAUCGAGUUUAAGAUAACGAGGUUUGAUUGUAUAAUGGAAAAAUGUUUCCUGCUAGGAUAAAAUUGAUGGCUAAUACUUUAAUCAUCAUCAAUGACUAUAAUUAUAAGCCCAAUACACAAUUACAUGUUAUGCAUUGAGUGCAAUAGUAAGCAUGUGAUUGUGAAAGGAAUGUUAAUCAGGAGGUUUGUUACACCCCCCCCCCCCCACCCCCAAAGAUAACAAAACUUUCUUAAAAAGAGAGGAUGAAAGAUCAUGCUUAUUAAAAUUUACCUUUUAGAAGAAUGCAUAAUUAUAGUUAUUAAACCUAAUUAAGCAUUGAUAAUUUUUCAGGAAUUUUUCAUAAUAGGCAGAACCUUGCUGUCUUGGUCCUCUCACUACAUAUAUUUGUUUUUAAUUACAUCCAUAGAAUAGGAUACUGAUUAAAAUUAAAAAUCUUUUGAAAUUGUUUUCAGCUGUUGUGUAUUAAAUUUUACAAGUUUACUUUUUCAUAUAUGUACUUGUGCAACAGAACCACUGUGAACAUUUCCAUUGAGGAAAUCAAAUUGAAACCAAAUACCUGGUGUUCAGUGUGUGGUGAUAAAAGAUAAAGUCACUUAGACUGUAUACAAAUCUGAAUGUGAAAUUGAUGUGUGUGCAUUGCAUAUACCUGUAUUUGUAUUGAAAUGAAUGAUACAUGAUAUAUUUUAACCUCAAGAAUAAUUUUAUUCCCAAGUCUUUAUACAUGAACUUGGAGAAUAUAUAAUUGUUGGACUAAGAGUAGAGUGAAGUUGUUGUGUAUUUACAGCCCACAUGACUUGUCAAUGCUUUUGCUUUGAAAACAACCGAGGGAAAUAAAAGCAAUAUCAUUUUAGCCUCUCUAAUUUUUUAUGCAAUUAUUUUUUUCUUAUUUGCAUUUUAAUUCUUGGUUCUUUAUUCACAGUCAUGUAAAAAAAUGAAUAUGUAUCACAACGUUUCAAGCAGGUGAAAUGUUCACGGACUUUUGUUGGCGUCAUAUCAGUGUAAACAUCCUCUUAAAUUCCCUUGAAAAUCAAAGAUGGCAACAUGUCAUAUGCGAUUGUUGGAAAUUUUUUAAAAUAAAAAUAUACGAAAAUA